AUGAUAUGGUGCGAUGAGGCAUCAAAAGCAAUUUACGAAAGAAUAAAAGAGAUAGUCAAUCAAGGAACUUCUUUGUCUAACAAAGAGAUAAUACUUAAAGCCAAGGGCAAGUCCUCGUCUCGACGUGUUAGGCGGGAGAAAAUUGUUGUGGUUAGGGAAGAAGUUAGAGCUGGGAUAAAAAAUGAGAUCUAUUCAGAGUUAAACCAACAGUCUGAGGACCGGCUAGCAGAGCAGAACAAGAAAUGGGAACAAAGGUUUGCUGACCUGCAAAAGCAACAUGAUGAAGACAUGAUGCAACUGUUGCGUCCGAGAAAAGUAGGAUGA